CAUUGAUCAAGAGACAGUCUUCAUGUGAUUCCACCAACGAGAAAACAUCGAUUUCAGAUACUCCAAGACGUUAAUGUUCAAUAAAUCAAUAAAUAACGAUAAUAAUUAACAAGAUAAUCAUGGGCAUUAGUACCGGAAUUAUUCUCCUCUGCUUUGCGAUAGCAUACGGCGCAGAUUUACCUUCAAGCUUCAAAAUCUGCAAGAUGAAUGAUCCGAAUCUGGAAGAGUGCUUCGCUGCAGCAGCCCAACAGGCAAUUAUUGCCAUGGCACCAGGAAUUAAGAGUCUGAAAUUAUUGCCUAUCGAUCCACUAUCAGUCGAUAAAGUGACAAUUGGUGAAGGUGGGGGCGCAGUUCGUCUUAAACAGUCAUACAAAAAUAUCAAGCUUUAUGGGCUUUCUAAAGGUCUUGAAAUAUCAGAUUACAAGGUAGAUCUACCUAAUCUCAUCUUCGAGUCAAACUCCUUCAAUCCACAAGUGGAUUUUGUCGCUGAUUACGAAGUGGAAGGAAAAGUCUUGCUUCUACCCGUUCAUGGCCACGGACGAUCCAACAUUACGAUGUUGAAUCUGAAGACAAAAAAUAAAUUCUCCGGUGAGAAAUACGAGAAAGACGGUGAGACCUACAUGAGAAUAAAAAAAUACAAGGUGAAGUUCAAUCCCGAGAAGGUUCUCCUGAACUUUGAAAACCUCUUCGAUGGCAAUGAAGCCCUGAGUAAGCAGAUGAACGAGUUCUUGAACGAAAAUGCAGACACAAUCUUCAAGGAUCUCCAAAGCUCGUACGAGGAGACUUUCGGUCUCGUAUUCACCGAUAUGGGAAACCAGAUCUUCAGCCGAGUGCCAUUUACGAAAAUUCUCCCAGAAUCGUAAUCCCCAAAGCCGAGGGGUAAUACCAUGUAAAUACAUCCUCUAAAUCUCACACUUUAGCUAGAGAAAAAAGAUAAAUAAAAUGCAAAAAAUAUCACUUGAAAAGAAACAAACAGGCAUUUAUUCACAAGA